AUGGGGCCCCCGGGAAAUAGGGGAUCAUGGGGCCCCCUGUGUCCUUGCCCAAACUCAAAAAAGCCUAUGAAAAAGGUACCAGGGUCAUCUCAUGGGGGCCCCCUACUGACCCCGGAGAGAAAGACACUCAUCUUCACAGCUUCGUAAAUCCCCGGGAACGAGAAUGGGGCUCUACCAGGGGCGGAGUGACAACUCAUGGGGCCCCCGGGCAAUAGGGGAUCAUGGGGCCCCUGUGUCCUUGCCCAAACUCAAAAAAGCCUAUGAAAAAGGUACCAGGGGGAUCUCAUGGGGCCCCCUACUGACCCCGGGCCCUCGGGCAGUGCCCGAGUUUCCAAAUGGUCAGUCUGCCCCUGAACAUAUGCAAGAUUGUAAGGUUGAUUUACUAAAGGCAAAUAAGCUGCUCACGUCGCAA